GCUUCAUGUUGAGGCAAAGCCAAGCAUAGAUACACACCAAACAAACCUUAAGUUACAUAUAUCUAAUAUUUUCAUCUUUCCCUCCUUCAAAAUCAAGGCAAUUAAUACACAAAACUUGAACCAAACAACAUCUCCUCCCUUCUUAGUCCAAUGUCUCUUUCUCUUUAACAACUCUUCAAAAAAUAAAAUAUAUUAAAAUACCUCAAACACCAUUUUGACAUGCCUGACCCAAAUGCUAAGCAAGGUUAGGUGAAAGAUAGCAACCUUGAAAUAACAUAUAUCAAAACCUUCCUUUUACAGCAUAACUUGACAUGAGUUCUUGCAGUUUUGAUUCCUCUAUUUGUUGAUCAUACAGUGCAUGAAAUUGUGUGAAAUGAAAUAAAGAAGAGGAAGAAUUCAAGAAUUUAAGAACCUGUUUUUUCAUUUGGUUUUAUAUUAUAUUGUCCUGUCUUAUAUUGUGUAUGUCUAUUUUGGAUUGGAACAAUAAAAUGCAGCUGCAUAUAUCUCCAAGUUUGAGGCAUGUUACUGUCCUUCCUGGCAAAGGACUUAAAGAGUUUAUCAAAGUGAAAGUUGCAUCGAGGCGCCUUUCUUAUAGGAUGCUCUUCUAUUCACUCUUGUUCUUCACUUUUCUUCUGAGGUUUGUGUUUGUUCUAACAGCUGUGGAUGGCAUUGAUGGACAAAACAAGUGCUCUUCCAUAGGUUGUCUAGGAAAAAAAUUAGGGCCAAGGAUUUUGGGUAGACGACCUGAAUCAACUGUCCCAGAAGUGAUAUACCAAACUUUAGAUGAACCACUUGGCAAUGAUGAACUAAAGGGAAGGUUUGAUAUUCCACAAACUUUAGAAGAGUUCAUGGUUAAAAUGAAGGAAGGUGGAUAUGAUGCCAAAACAUUUGCAGUUAAACUUAGAGAAAUGGUAACCCUUAUGGAACAAAGGACUAGGUUGGCCAAAAUCCAAGAGUAUCUAUAUCGCCAUGUAGCAUCAAGCAGCAUACCGAAACAACUUCAUUGUCUUGACUUGAGAUUAGCACAUGAGCAUACCAACAACGCAGCAGCACGCCUUCAGCUACCGUCUGCGGAACUAGUUCCUGCCCUUGUUGACAAUUCCUAUUACCAUUUUGUUUUAGCCUCAGAUAAUGUGCUUGCUGCCUCGGUUGUUGCAACAUCACUCGUUCGUAACUGUUUACGACCUAAUAAGGUUGUUAUACACAUAAUUACAGACCGAAAGACUUAUUAUCCGAUGCAGGCUUGGUUCUCAUUGCAUCCUUUAUCACCUGCUGUGAUUGAGGUCAAGGCAUUGCACCAUUUUGAUUGGUUUUCAAAGGGGAAGGUGCCUGUUUUAGAAGCAAUGGAGAAAGAUCAGAAGGUGCGGUCUCAGUUUAGGGGAGGUUCAUCGGCUAUAGUUGCGAAUACAUCUGAGAAGCCAAAUGUUAUUGCAGCAAAACUACAGGCACUUAGUCCCAAGUAUAAUUCAGUGAUGAACCACAUUCGGAUACAUCUACCCGAGUUGUUUCCAAGUCUUAACAAGGUGGUCUUCCUCGACGAUGACAUUGUGAUACAAACUGAUCUUACACCUCUGUGGGACAUUGACAUGAAUGGAAAAGUGAAUGGAGCAGUGGAAACAUGCAAUGGAGAAGACAAGUUUGUGAUGUCGAAAAGGUUGAAAAGUUAUUUGAACUUUUCUCACCCUCUAAUAUCUGAAAAUUUCAAUCCCAACGAAUGUGCUUGGGCCUAUGGCAUGAACAUUUUUGAUUUGGAAGCUUGGAGGAGGACCAAUAUAAGCAAUAAAUAUCAUCAUUGGGUUGCGCAGAAUAUUAAAUCAGACCUGAGUUUGUGGCAGCUAGGGACAUUACCUCCUGGAUUGAUAGCAUUUCAUGGUCAUGUCCACGUUAUAGAUCCUUUCUGGCAUAUGCUUGGAUUGGGAUAUCAGGAAAAUACAAAUGUUGACGAUGUUGAGAAUGCUGGUGUCAUCCAUUUCAAUGGCAGGGCAAAGCCAUGGCUAGACAUAGCUUUUCCAGAACUAAGGUCAUUGUGGACAAAAUAUGUCGACUUCUCAGAUAAGUUCAUUAAAAGCUGCAACAUUAGAGCAUGAUAGGGAAAAAGCCAUGACUUCUCAACUACGAGUUACAGAAAUGGUAUUUGUAAUCCAAGGGAAAAAGAAAAUGAGAUAGUUCUUCUUCCACUGAUUAGGCAUUCCAUGACAACAGAGACAACAAUGAUAUGGCAUCAUGGUCCUUUCUUGCUUUAAAAUUUUACUUUUGACUCACUUUCUUCUUUUGAAAUUCUCAUAUUCUUUUUCUCUUAAAUCCAUAUUGUAAGUAUGAGUAUUUGUAGAUUAUAUAUGUAUGUAUGUAUGUAUGUAUUAAUACAUCACAGCUUUUUUGUAAAAAACCCAAGUCCUCAAGGUUUCACAAUUAGCUUUUAUAAAAUGAUGAAAUAAAAGAGAGACCAAAGGACCGUUUCAUUGAA